AUGACAGUUGACCCUCUUUCCCCUAUUGCGCCGGCGCGCUUACGAGUCUUGUUACUUCCAGUCGGCAGAAUCAGGCGAUCCAGGUUCCUAAGCUUCGCUGAGCGACUUCGAGCGUACAAUGUAGUUCGCCUGGGGGAUGUGAGCCCUGAAGGGGGCACAAGCAAGAACACGUUCUCUCCGCUUGCGUACCCGUCUGGAAUGAUCAUAUACGACCUAUCUAUAUCCGUACCUCCUAUCUCCCACCUUGAAGUGUUCCCAUUUGAGCUCUUCAGGGAGCCGCUUGUUAUAUUAGCAAUUGCCGAUGGCACAGAAAUCUCUGUCAAUAGGAAAUUGAAUGAAAAUGGCGUGGCUAAGGAGAAGCAACCCAACGGUACUGGCUCUAAAAAGCAUCCCACUCCAGAAGGCCUUGACCUGCUUAUCCAGGAGUUGGAUGGGAUAAAUACGGAAUACCCUAAAUCUAUUCUCCAACAGCUAUUGGUUUUUGAUUAUGAAGGGCUGAACAACAUUGUUUCUGGGCCUGAGCAGGUGAUCUGGAUUCCUAGCCAGGAGGUAUCACGUCCGACAACGAUGAAAACAGUGAUGUGUGACAUAUCAGCCCGGGUUCUUGGAGGACUGCAAAGGUUUUCGGAGUCGAUAUUGCAAUGGCAAAGUAUUGAAUCUCCAAAGAUCUCGUCGUGGGGACCACGACGGACUUUGGAUCCCAGAUCAUCUGAUAAGCUCUCCCACAGGAUGACGAUGCCCGCACAAUUGCCAUCACGACCAACUGAGCCACUUUCAGAAAGUACAGGAUCUUCUCAGAGUCUAAGCCAUGAAUCUCCCACUACAUUUGAUGAAAUCACUCGCUCAAUCCAAAUAUCAAGCAAAACAACCUCAGCGCUUAGCUCUAGUUCGAAACCCAGAUCAAAGGAACACAGCCGAGAUCGAUCCUCAGUGACAGGAGUUUCUAGUAUUGCUUCAAACGAACGAGCAAAAGCUCGCUUUCAAGGCCGUCUUCAUGUUCUUACGGGUAUUCUCUACCUCCAAGGAGGUUUAUGGCCUGAAGCCCUUAGAGACCUUAUUGAAGGUGCCGCCAUUGCCAGGUCAGGGAGCGAUUAUAUAUGGCACGCAAAGGCCUUGGAAGCGAUACUUAUUUGUCUGCUUUUGUUUGGGUGGGUGGGUGCAAGUUUUCAGAUCCCGCCUAUAUGCUUUCCCAAUAGUGACAGGACUAUAUCAAAGACCGUAUCAGGUCAGGGAAGCAUUGAAUCCCACGGAAAAUCUGACCCUGAAGCCAGGGCCUUGGCCCUCCAAAAUCUAGCGAGUAUUCUUCCUGACAUCUCAAACUAUAUAUUAAGUCUUUACAACAGAGCUAUCAAUAUCACAGACGAGCCACUUCCCCAACUGGUGUUUUCGGAAACAGUCAUACGACUUUCAAAGCUUUUGACAUCCAUGCAAGUACGCGAUAGUUCUCUUGAUACUGAGGGUUUGCAACACAUUGUCUUGAACAAAACGUUAGAGCGUAUCCCAGUAUCUGACCAGCACAGAAGGUUAAAUGCUUUCCGCAAAACGGAGAUAGCCUCUUUCUUAUUCCGUGCCCUUCCACCUUCUCUAUCGUCGGACGUUCCUGUUACAGAUGCAGUACAGAUAUUUAUUGGUGUAGCGGCUGUCUUAUCACCAUUGGGGAUGGAAAGAAAGCAGGCUUUUGUCUUAAAAGAGCUCUUCUCAAUUCUUAUCCCUGGCCUAGUACAAGCUAGGAAAAUUGGUGCUGCAGAAAUUGGUAUCCAUCCAGCUGCAGGGCUAUCUGCGCUCAGCAAUUCCUCUUUUGAUAUCAAUGCUCUGGAUAUUGGGCCUACAAAUAUGGAAACUGGUCUAAGAUCUAUCCUAGCGCUGGUCGGAGAAGUUUAUGGCGCGAAGCUCUCCAGUGGCCGCUUAAAUUAUACCAGUAGAAACCAGAAGGAUGAACAUGAUUCUGAAUAUGACUCGGUCGAAGCAACCAUUGAACGUACAUUUCAAAACUCUACCCUCGACACCUACGGAGACCUGGGUUUAAAAAUUGAAAUCCUUAAAUCCUGUAUCAAUUUCUGUGAGGCCUUACCGGAUUUUCCAGGCGUUUUGAAGUUUACGGUUGCUCUGUUGCAGGCAGUCAAGGGUACAUAUAUGAUUACAACGGACCCUCAAAAAGGGAGGCCACUUUUGAGCCAUGAUGAGCAAAUACGUUUAUACAAUACAGUUAAGCGCACGGUUAGCGUUGCACAGAAACUCGGGGUACCGAAUUUAGAAGCCGAGUACUGGGACGACUUUUUGGUUCGAGAUGUUCUAAUUCAAUCCUCUAAUGCAGAACGCCCUGUUCGACGAUCGAAACAGGAAUUUGGAGUCACAUAUAGCACUGAAAAACAUGGGGAAACAGGGCCAUUUAUCUACAACGCAUUUUCCAAACCUUCAACUCCAACGUCGGAUUCUCCGGUUAUUGCAGGCGAGCCUGCAACCGCAAGAGUUGUGUUGCAAAACCCAUUCGACUUUGAAGUCGAGAUUGAAUACUUGAAGCUUGAAGGCGAAGGUAUAGCAUUUACGGCCAGUACUUCAAAUUUGCUACUUGCUCCAUUCUGCCUUCAGGAAAUAAGCGUUACUUUGUUAGCUGCAGAAGAAGGCACGCUCAAGAUUACAGGGUGCACUAUCAAAGUGAAGUUCUGUAGAGAAAGGCGCUUCCCAAUUUUCAGGAAGCUAUGGAAAUCUUUGGUGGAAGCGAAGCUCAAACGUAGCGGACUGGCGGCUAAGGAACAUUCACUAUCACGCCCGAUCUCAUGGGGGUCAAAUGCUUCUCAAGGAGCCUUACCUUCGAGGAAACCGCCUGAAGCCGCAUCUUUAUCUACCAAUGUUAUCAAAGCACAGCCAAUGGUUGAACUACAAAGCUCUUCACUUUUACAGUCUGCUAUCAUGCUGCUAGAAGGGGAAACUAACUCAUUUGACAUUACAUUAUACAACUCAUCCGAUUAUCCAGCUGACCUUCUUCUCUUUACCUUCCAAGAUUCAACGACAGCUCAUCUACAAACAGCACUAAACAAUAAAGACAAUCUACCUACAGAAAUAUACGAAUUGGAAUACCAGAUAUUGAAGAGGCCUCCAUUACGGUUACUUCCCUCUGGUUCAGGGCAAGAAAUUCCAUCUCUCGAUCCCGGUGAAUCAAAGACAUUUACAAUUGAGAUAUUAGGCAAACCAGGCCUUCGAACUGCUACAAUACAAGUUGAUUAUGCAUGCAUUGGUGCCUCGCCUUCAGAACUGCCAAACUCAUUUUAUACCAGACAGAUCAGUAUACCCCUGACCGUCACCGUCAAUUCUAGCUUAAACAUCGCUCGAUGUGAGAUCUUACCCUUUAAUGAUCAUCUUGGAUGGGUUGGCGAUGCAUCGUCCAUUAGCGAAUCGGAGGCGAAUGCUACCCCGUUAAAGACCUCGGCGACAUCUUCUGAUAUACCAAUAGACCCACAGAUAUCACCUGUCAUUUCUCAGCCGGGUUCAAAAUAUACAGGAUCCGACUACUGUCUGCUGCUAAUAGACUUACGGAAUUCAUGGCCUAACCCAAUUUCUGCCUCGCUUAAGGCAAUUGAAUCGACAGAGGGAGCAAGUGAUGAACUAGGGACCAACAAUUCAACUCCACACCUACAAGAAGUCUCUGACGUACUGCAACCCGGCCAUCUUUCUCGAUUUGCUCUAGCCAUUCCACGGAUAUACCUAGAGGACCCCCACCAGAAAAUCCCAGCCCUCAACGCCGCUAACCGGCGACAAUUCGUGGUUAGCGCUAAUAAACUCAGUUACGAGGCAGAAACCGCCAAGCGAGAAGCAUUCUGGCUCCGUGAGAAGAUGUUUGAGCAGCUCCAGGGGACAUGGAAAGAUGAGAUAACUGGUCGAGAAGGAGUUAUUGACUUCCGUGCGAUUGUUUUAAACAGUCGUAUGAUCAAUGCACUUCGAGUAGAUGACCUGGAAGUGAGCUUCAAACUACUACCGCUAAAGGGAAUUGAUGAGAAUAAAUAUUAUGGUUCCCGAUCUCCAACCAUCAUACAAACAGGCCAAUCAAAAUUCUCUAUUCCAACCGACACAUUCUUCAACCUUCAAACUACAAUAUUUAACCGCUCCUCAAAACAAAUCCACCCCAUUAUCCGGAUACAACCAACUUUACGCAACCAACCAUAUACUGUUGCCCUCGAACUCUCCAGGCGUCUAUCAUGUACAGGCAUGCUUCAGCGAGCUCUCCCUGUUCUAGACCCGAAGGAACGGCGGCACAUAAAUCUUGGCGUUACCGUUCAUUGUGCUGGGGAGUACGAGAUUAGAGCUACAGUGGAGGAAGUCAGGGCAGCAAACACUAACACAGCUAGUUCUGAAGAGAACGCGGCACCGUCAUCAGAUAAAUAUACCUACCAUCACGACAGUUAUCAGCAGUCAUUCGAUACCAGUGCUCCACGGCAGAGGCACCGUUGGCAUUCUCGACUACCUUGUAUUAUAUCAGCACGAGAGAGCCUCGUGUAA